CUGAAGCGCGGAGCUGCUCUCACACAGUGGGCGACUUCUCACUACUGCAGCUCGUUAACACUGAAUCAAACGGAGCGCUAACCACGACACACACACACACACACACACACACACGCGUGCGCGCGUAAUGACGGGGAGCAGCACGGCAGUGAAAUGCCGAGCAGACGUUGGAUUAUGAUGAAGCGGUAUUAAAAAAGCGGAGACGAGCUUGUGACAUGUCAGGAGCGCAUUUUCAUCUCCUGAAGCCGAGAGCGUUCAUCCGUCUGCUCAGAUGCUGAUGAUGGUAGCGCAACCUGCGUGAUUUCCUGCUGGAACUUCUCAAUUUUGCUUCCUUUUAGCUGAGAUUCAGCCCAACCGACAGAAUGAUUGAGGAGGCCAGCAAGAGUGGCAAGGUCACAGUGGAGAAGAGACAGCUCUUCAUGGAAAUGAGAGCCCAGAACUUUGAUGUUAUCCGUCUGUCAACAUAUAGGACGGCAUGCAAGCUACGAUUUGUUCAGAAAAGAUGCAAUCUUCACCUGGUGGAUGUGUGGAAUAUGAUCGAGGCGUUUCGCGACAACGGGCUCAGCACUCUGGACCACAACGCUGAAAUCAACGUGUCGCGGUUGGAGACCAUCCUCUCCUCCAUCUUCUACCAACUGAACAAGCGCCUGCCUACCACCCACCAGAUCAAUGUGGAGCAGUCCAUUGGUCUGCUGCUCAACUUCAUGGUGGCCACCUACGACAGUGAAGGCCACGGAAAGCUCACCGUUUUUGCUAUGAAGUCAAUGCUGGCCACCAUGUGUGGAGGGAAAAUUGUCGAUAAAUUACGUUAUAUUUUUUCUCAGAUAUCGGACUCCAGUGGGACGAUGGUGUUUGCUAAGUUUGACCAAUUUCUCCGGGAGGUCCUGAAGCUGCCCACGGCUGUGUUCGAGGGUCCUUCAUUCGGUUACACAGAGCACUCAGUGAGAACAUGUUUCCCUCAGCAGAAGAAGAUAUUGUUGAACACCUUCCUGGACAUUAUGAUGGCCGAUCCUCCCCCGCAGUGCCUCGUUUGGCUACCUCUCAUGCACCGGCUGGCCAAUGUAGAGAAUGUCUUCCAUCCAGUUGAAUGCUCCUACUGCCGGAGCGAGAGCAUGAUGGGUUUUCGCUACAGAUGUCAGCAGUGCCACGGCUACCAGCUUUGCCAGAACUGCUUCUGGCGCGGCCAUGCCAACGGUCCCCAUAGCAACCAGCACCAGAUGAAGGAGCACUCCUCGUGGAAAUCCCCAGCCAAGAAGCUGAGCCACGCCAUCAGUAAGUCUCUGGGUUGUGUGCCAAUAGGAGAACCCCCACACCCUGUGUACCCCGAGGCAUCCGAGAGACCACAGGACCUGGCACACCCUACUCAGCUGAAGCCAGUGUCCAACAACAUGAACGAUACAGUUCUUGUGUCCUCUGGGGCCCCCACGCCCACCACAAGCACCACUCUGGAGAGUCCCAGCAGGCUGGAUGAGGAGCACCGUCUUAUUGCUCGCUAUGCUGCCCGUCUGGCAGCUGAAGCCAGCAAUUCUACACAAUGCCCUCCCACCGACCUGAGCUUCAACUUUGAUGCCAACAAGCAACAGAGGCAACUCAUUGCUGAGCUAGAGAACAAAAAUAGGGAGAUUCUUCAGGAAAUCCAGCGGCUGCGUUUGGAACAUGAGCAGGCCUCUCAGCCCACACCUGAGAAGGCUCAACAGAACCCCACUCUCCUUGCGGAAUUACGACUGCUCCGGCACAGAAAAGACGAACUUGAAAAGCGCAUGUCCGCUCUGCAGGAAAGUAGGCGAGAGCUGAUGGUCCAGUUGGAAGGUCUCAUGAGACUACUAAAGGAUGAAGAGCAGAAGGGCGCUCAGACAGGGGGCUCACCCCACUCCUCACCCAGCCACAGUGCCAGCUGCACCAUGCCCAUGCCCAUCCGCUCCACCUCCGCCGGCUCCACACCUACUCACACACCACAGGACUGCCUGGCCGGUGUCAGUGACGAUGUACUGGAUGCCUUCUCUCAGGGUGUACCUAGAAAUCUCCGUAAUGAUCUUUUGGUAGCUGCGGACUCAAUCACAAAUACCAUGUCAUCUUUGGUUAAAGAGCUCCACUCAGUUGAUGAUGGUCUGGAAGACGAGGAGGUGAACAUGAGGAACGGAAGGGAAAAAGCUGAGUCUGAGUAAAACAGUAUGGAAUUUUACAUUGUCAGCACAGAGGCAUUAUGGGAACAGGCACUCCACCCCCUCAUUCUAAAUGUCUGGAUGUGACUGGCGAGAACCAGCGACAGCGAAACCCUUCCUGGCAUUAGCACAUAAAGUAAUGCAUGCUCUUCCCAGCCAGGUUUCACUAUGUGAAAUGAACACUUCAUCACAUUUUGCAGAGAGCAAGCUGUAUCUACUAAGGAGAAUAUAAAUAUAUAUAGUGCUAUAUGUCUAUCUGUAUAAACCUGUUGUAAUUAUGUAACAUUUUCAUUCAUGUUUGCAAAGGAAUGGCUUGUUUGUGCUUUGUCACAUCAAAAAACUUUAUUGAUUUCAGUCUCCAAAACGGUCACACUGUGCAUAGUCGGUGUUAACACUGGGAACAACUUCCUGAUCUCAGCUGCAGCUCUUUCCUAUAGGUGUCCUCCUCAGAUAAAGAUUUUGUAGAAUUAGUGAUAAUGUUUUGUUUGUGUUGUUUGAGUUUUGCAUGAAGUUUAUAAUGGAGGGACCCUUGUCUUUGACCUGCAUGUGGCGUUUAUUUUGACUAAAGUGUGGGAGUCCAUCUUCUCACCCACUCUGAUCAUGUUCAUCAAAACUGCUGCUAGUCCACUCAGCCCAUGUUAAAGCACUAGGUCAGAGCUGUCUUAUAAAGCCAGGUGUUUGUCAGGGAAUCUCUGUGAAGAUGCUAGUUUUAACCAUUUGUUGUAUGUCAAUAUGCGUUUUAAUUCCAUCUUUAUAUUGUACAUCCCUCUAAAGCUUUUCAGUUGCUUCUCAGUCUUAUAGAUCCAAAUGUUGGUACAUUAAAAUGCAGUCCAUUUAAAAGAGCAUAAAAGAGUUAAAGGGGAAAGAUGUAGUUGUAUCUGUAUACCAGUUUAGGGUGCAUUGUGUUGGAGCGCAGAUGUCUUUCUGUUACAGUCACUUCAAAAGCUUUUUAGUCAAUAGUCAUGCUCUAAAUAAGUGAAACUGGUGCUCAGGGACUAGGGAUAGUGGCAAAGAUUGUGAACAAAUGCAUGGCACUGACUUCAGCCCCAUAAGGUUUGCAGAUCAAAGAUUAGCACAGACCAUAAAAUCUUUAUAGAUUGGCCUGAUUGGCCGAGGGUAGUCAACAGAGCUGCUGCGGGAAGUUCCUGCUGGACUGUGUAGAGAGAAGAUGGAAUGUACAGUGGUGAGAUGAAGGAAAUAUUUGAGGAAGGCGGGUGGGGGUGCGGGGGUUAGGCUUAGGGGCUGUGCAUAAAUAUUUUGUUGAUCUCUCAGAUUUUAAAGUUUUACAGUAUAGAGCUUUACAGUUAUGAGCAAGAAAAUGAUACUGUACUUGAAUUAAAAAAGAAUUCAGGUUCAAUAAUUGCAUUCAUCAAAAUAUAAUGUAUAUAACUGUGUGUUCUCUUUAUUAUAUUGGUUUGGGGGAAUUUGAAUGGCAAUUAAUCGUUUCUUACAUAAAAAGACAAACUAUGAAUCUGUUCCAUUCUGAGUAUGAUAGAAAAAUGACUGUUAUGAAUCGAUCAGUUCUCUGAAGAUGAAGUGUCUUGAAGUAUGGUUAUUUAAACUGAGGAAUAGUAAUAUUAUUUAAGAGAUCACUUUGUGGGAGACAAUAGAUAGGCAAUAGGCAAUGAUCCAUUUAUAUUGAUUUAUAUCGUAUUUCUACACAAAAAGCAUAUACUUCUGCAUUAUGUCUAUUGAAUGCCUUUCAUAAAGAAUAAGUUCUUACUAUUGUUAAACACUGUGUGAGAUCAGAUGUUUCUUUGGUAACAGUAGGUGUAUGUCAUGAGAAUUUCUUUAUUUAUUUUUGACACUUGAUGGCAGUCGAUAAUAAUGCUUAAUGUAUGAAUUACAGAAAAUAAUACUGACAUUUUAGAUGGAAACUCAACUUCAUUGUCAUUGACGAUAAAAGUGGUAAAGCAGUCUUGAAACAUUCAUGUCAAAUGUAUGGGCUUCAAAAUCAGAACUCAAUAACUCAUUUGCUUUGUAAUUCUUACUGUACCAUGUAAAGUACAAAUUGAACUGAUUUUUGCUUUGAAAGGUGGAUAGGAAUGAUCAUGUUGUAUCAUUUGCUACAAAUAUGAAUGCAAUCUUAUGAUGUAGGUGUGCCUAGAUGUACUGUAUAAAGUGCUCUAUAAAUAAAAAAAGUAUUCUGCACAUGUGCAAGUCAACGCUUAGAUAGGAGUUUUAGUAUGUGACUUUGUAGGAAUGCAAUUAUUUAUCUGUGCUCAUUGGAAAACUUCUUGUUCUGCCUUUAAAUUUGUGCCAAACUGUUUGCCAAACUUUAGUGUGUCCUUAUGUCUUUGUUCUGUGUGUUUGUGUUUAAUCACAGCCUAUGAUUAUGAAAUUAUUGAAAUAGUCCACUGAGAGGGUUCGCAAUCAUGAAAGCUUAAACACUAUACAUAUUCAAGUUUGCUAAAUUAACCCUGGGAUACAAUAUUUAUUAACACUGUACUGUAUGCCACAAAUUCUAAAAGUGGAUCUAUAGUGUCAUACUGUCUGAGCAUACCAAUACAUUAAAUACUGCUUUAAUUUUUAAUAUCCUGUUGUAAUUAUAUGAUUUGUUGAAAAGCCAGGGCUUUGCCGCUGUAUUCCUUGUUUAUUGCAAUGUUUGACUUUCAAAACCAUGAUUUAUGUCUAUCAGAUAUAUGUCCUUUUUUUUUGUAAAUUAUUAAAGGUGAAAUAUGUAAACCUG